AUGUCGUCGAACAAAUAUUCCAUCUCUUUCUUUUGUAAUAAAUAUGGCAAAAUCAACAAUUUUCGACGUGUGAAAGAAGGUGCAAUUAGGCCACACACCAACGCCAUCAAACCACAUUUAACCGAAGAAAACAAAAAGGCAAGACUUCGAUUUUGCCUCUCAAUGAUUGAUCAGAGUACACUUCACUCAAAUCCCAUGUUUAUAGACAUGUUUAAUUAUAUCCAUAUCGAUGAAAAAUGGUUUUACUUAUCGAAAAAAUCUGAAAGGUAUUACCUUCUUCCCGAAGAAGAAGAGUCUAAUCCGUAUCGUUCUUGCAAAAGUAAAACUUUUAUCACAAAAGUUAUGUUUAUGGCAGCGGUUGCACAUCCUAGAUUUGACGUUAAUGGAGUUGAGUUAUUUUCGGAAAAAAUAGGAAUUUUUCCGUUUGUAGUUAAGGAACCAGCCAAACGGAAUAGCAAAAAUCGAACAGCAGGAACUAUCGAAACAAAAUCAAUUUUAUCGGUGACUAAAGAUAUCACAAGAGCUUGUUUGAUAGAGAAAGUUCUUCCAGCCAUUCGAUCAAAAUGGCCAGCUUCAACGUCAAGUGCACCCAUUUUCAUCCAACAAGAUAAUGCAAGACCACAUAUUGGUGUUAAUGAUUUGGAAUUCAUGGAAGCCGCUCAACGAGAUGGAUUUGAUAUUAAGUUAUGCUUUCAACCCCCUAAUAGUCCUAAUCUUAACGUUUUGGACCUUGGAUUUUUUAGAGCAAUUCAAUCUCUUCAAUAUCAAAAUGCUCCUUCAAAUGUUGAUGAAUUAGUGGAGGUUGUUGAAAAAUCAUUCAAUGAAAUGAAAAUAGAACGACUCAAUCAUGUAUUUUUGACUUUGCAAUGUUGUAUGAAUGAGGUGAUGAAAGAUAGUGGUGGCAAUAACUACAAAGUGCCUCAUAUGAACAAAGAAAGACUCGAAAGAGAAAAUGAUCUCCCACUUCAAGUUCGUUGUGAUGUUGAUGUUGUUAAUCAAGCUUUAACUCUACUUCAACAGUGA